AUGUCUUCCCCUAUCUUUCCCGUCAUCGACUUCUCCCGCAUCGUCUCCCCCAACCUUGCGAUUGCAACCGAAGAGAAGAACAAGCUCUUUGAAUCCUUCCGGGAUGUCGGCUUCAUCUACCUAAAGGGCUUCAGCUUCCCUCCUGAGUUCAUCGAGACGCUCUUCUCUCACCUCCACAAGUUCUUCGCCCUCCCAGAGGAACAGAAGCUCGCCAUCGAGGGCGGCGAGAAGCAAGCUUUCCGCGGCUGGUUUGCUCCUGCCCGCACAGCCAAGAACCCCGAGAGGGCUGACCAGAAGGAGGCCUUCGGUCUAGGCAAUGACAAGGACGAGACCCGUCCCAACCAGUGGCCAACCAACUGGCCCGAGUUCCGCCAGGAUUUCACAACCUUCUACGAGGAGUGCUACAAGAUGCACCUUGUGCUGCUGCGCGCACUGUCAGAGAAGGUUGGUCUGGACAGCGAAGCCCUCAUCCCCUCCGUCAAGGCCAAGGACAGCUACAGCGCCCUGCUACACUACCCCGAGACCUCGGUGGAGAGCUUCCAAAAGCGUGUCCGAUCCGCCCCACACACUGACUUCGGCACCCUGACCCUGCUCUUCAACGACAGCAACGGCGGUCUGCAAGUUAAGGACAAGGCAGGUGAAUGGGUUGAUGCGCCCCCUAUGCGCGGCCAUGCCAUUGUCAAUGUUGGUGAUCUCCUCUCUCGCUGGUUCAACGGUCAAUUAAAAUCCACUGAGCACCGUGUCGUCCAGCCCCCGGCUGAGACUCGCCAAACUGCCAAUGGUACCGCCGACGUUGUCCCUUCCAGAUACGCUAUUGCCUGGUUUGGCCACCCCAACCGCGAUGCCGUGGUUGAGCCUCUCAAGCAAUGUGUUACUCCUGAAUUGGUGCAGCAGUUCAAGGCCGUGAUUGCCGGAAAGCAUGUCAGGGAGCGCAUGGCUCGCCUGUUGGAGCAGGGCUAUCUGCCUGAGAAGUGGACUGAUGAGAUGCACCGCCAGCCUAUUGCUGCUUAA